AUGGGAAAGAUCCAGUGGUCGACCGGUGUUUACUGCUCGGGCGCCCUGAUCGGACCGCGUCACGUAGCUACUGCUAAGCACUGCGCUCCUCUCAACAACCCAGGCGUCAGCGUGCGCUUCAUGCCGGCAUAUUACGACGGCGAGUCAUUCCCCGGCGCGUAUGUCACAACGAUCAUCCACCUCCCUGGAUACUCGGUGAACGACCCGGACGCGAAUGCUUGCGACAUCAAGGAAGACUGGGCUAUCUUCAUUCUCGAUGCUCGCCUCGGAGACGAGCGCGGAGGCCUUGGGGCUAAGGUCAUCGAGCCAUCGCUCAUUAACAACCCCCAACUCCUUCACCUUGGAUAUCCGGGUGAUUUGGCAAACGGCGAGAGACCGUAUCGACAGGAGAAGAUCACGAUCCGAGACAGGUUCGACUGUGAUGCAACUGGUGGCCUCUCUACUGACGCUGAUGUCGCUGGCGGCAUGAGCGGCGGCCCUAUCUGGCAGAACGACAACGGAGCUCGUUACCAACUCGGUGUUCUAAGCGCAACCAGCUCUACAGAGACAGUCUUCGCCGGCGGCAGCAACUGGAUCGGCGCCGUUGCCCGUUCCCGCCAAGAUUUCCCUUGA